UACUUGAGGGCCUAUAUAAAUGAACGCUGAAAGCAAGAAACUUACUUUGUUCGAGUUCAACAACUAGAGAACUAGACUACACAGCACCAUGAUGUUAUUUCAGUUGUUGCCGUACUUUUUGGCGGCUCAAGUCAGCACAAACACAAAUGAUACCUGGAAGUAUGGACCAGAAUACUUGUUCUCAGGCCAUGCAAAAAUGAUAACAUCUCUCGACCAAGACAAAGGUAAACUUCUUGGUACUGGCCUUUAUCUCAAGCUAAAGUGUCGACCCCGCGAGCCAGACAUUUUGCGAUGUAAAAUGGACAAUACUGAAAUAACAAAGCUUCAACCUCAAGCUUUUGAUAUCAAAUAUGCUAACAAUGCUCAAGAUGAUGGAUUUAGACCAUUCACUGUUUUUAAUGAAGACUUUGAAAUCAAAUUUAACGAAAAAGGGAUUGAAAGUUAUAUUGUGGAUGAGAAAACUCCUUUAGCGAAUUGGGGCAUGAAUAUGGUGCGACUUAUUGCUAAUCAAUUGAGUAUUGGCAUUGAUCUUUCUGAUGAAAUGAGACCUACUUAUAAAGCUCUAGAAAAUUUCACUGUUGGUGAAUGUGAUGUCGACUACAGAAUUAUUAGAAUGCCCUGGAAAAGUGAUCCAAAUCAAAAUAUGUCUUUUGAACUAAAGCCUUUGGAGAAGAUUGGAAAAUUUGGUGAUGAAUCAAUUGAAGUACAGAAAAGAAGACAUGUUAAAGAUUGUCUCAGAACUGCUGAACCUUUCUUUGGAACUCGUUAUGCACUUGGACUUAUACCAAAAGACUCCGUUACCAAAUUACUAUCAUCAGAAAGUAAAAUCCUUCUAUCAAAAACCAACUUUACUAGUGAAACAAUAAAUGAAAAUGAAAUAUACGAUAAAGAUCGCAAAAAGCUAGGAAAGAUUAUCGAUCAUAUGAAAUUGGAUUUAGAAUCAAUUUAUCCUACAACCACUGAACUCCCAACAUUCGUCAGUCAAAAGAACAAAGAAAUAUUACCAGAUAGAAUGGAAGAUAAUUCUAGAUACUAGAAAAUAAAAUAACUGAACUGAUUUAAAAUAGUUAUAAAGAGGUAGGAAAAGUGUUCAAUCAUAUUCACUCAUUUGUAUCAUAUGAAUUAAAUAAAGAAAUAAAUAAAGCAAAGAAAAACCCA